AACCUGAUCCACUCUGCUAUUCAGUAUUUAGUCAAUGCACCACGUUUUUUGGAGGGAAGCACAGUUUUUUAUUCUCUUGAAGAGUUUGGCUUCACAUACUGUAGUUUGCUUAGAAAUACGUCGGACUAAAACAGAUGGAUCAUAUCAUUAGGACAUGCCUUUUUCAAAAUGCCUUUUGAAUUUAUGCCAAGUUGCAUAUUUGCAUGCAACCAGUUUGUGAAAAUGUUGCUAGUUUCUUCAACAGUGUUGCCAUGCAGCAACAGCACUUCCUUUACACUUUAAACGUUAUUGCAUAAUCUAUAUAUUGCAUUACUGAAAGAAAGAAAACUUGUUGAAACAGGGCAAUAAGGAAAAGUUGAGAAUGUGCCAGAAUUGGGUAAGAUGUGUUCCCUUCGUGUCAUUAUGACUCAGACAGAGGAAACAUGCUUUGACACAACUACUGAGCGGUCGCUUCGCUCAGACCAGACCUCGUUUCACACUCUCUGCUUACAUCUCAAGACGCAAUCAGCAAAAUAGUCAGUUGUCAACUCUGAAACUACGCAGCAGCUCUGCCUGUUAAAAUACCAUGACAUCCAAUAACAAUUCGUCAACCGUACAUCACUGCGGUGUUUCAACUCAGAACCUGGUGGCAUCCGCCCUUCCUCCUAUACUCAUCAUUGAGCUGUUACUCGGCCUGCCUGGCAAUUUCAUGGCACUGUUUGUCUUCAGCAAAACCCUUAGGACUUGGAGAGCCAACGUCAUGUUCCUCUUCAACCUGGUUGUGUCUGACUUUCUGCUUCUCAUCAGCCUACCCUUCCGCAUUGACAACUUCAUGCGUGGCGAGAGUUGGAUAUUUGGAGACGUCUGGUGUCGGAUCAACCUAUUCAUGCUGUCAGUCAACCGUUCGGCUAGCAUUGCCUUCAUGACCGCCGUGGCUGUUGACCGCUACUUUAAAGUGGCCCAUCCGCAUCACAAAAUCAAUUAUAUAAGCACAAAACAAGCAGCCGGGAUUGCCUGCUUCAUCUGGGCUGUUGUGAUAUUCCUGAGGAUCCCUUUGCUGGCCAACAAACUUCUGGACGAGACCAACAACUCUCAUUGUAGGAGCUUCAGUAACUAUGAGAACCCAUCGCUAGGUAUCCGACUGCAUUAUGCCGUGUUUACCUUAGAGUUCUUUCUGCCUUUAUUACUCCUGGUCUUCUGCUCUGUGAGUAUUGCAUGUAUCCUACAUACACGCCAGAUGGACAAGGACAAGAAAGGGAAAAGGGCUAUUCGGACUGUCCUGGUGAUUGUUGGGGUUUUUGUCUUCUGCUUCUUUCCCAGCAUCGGCACAGGAUUGACAGUACUCUAUUUAAAAAAAUUUGGAGAUGCUUAUUGUGAUGCUUACAAGUUCAUCAGUCAGUUGUUUUCUAUGUCCAUAGCAUUUACCUAUCUAAACAGUGCUCUGGACCCGGUCAUCUACUGCUUCUCCAGCUCAAUCUUCCGCAAUUAUUUGAAAAGCGUUGUCAACCGAACUGGAAUCGUGGAGCUACAAAUGAGCCGACGGGGCAGUAUGCCCAGCGGAAGUGACUGAGUGUGGAUUGGGGAUUGAUGAGCUUUGAAACGCGUACACACUGCUUAAUAUAUGUUUUUUUCCAUUAUAGUUUUAUUUGUCAAGUUUUAUUUUUGAUACAUAUACGUACUAUUGUAUUUUUUGUUACAUAUAUUUUUAUACUGAUGCAUAGAAAAGUUAUAUAAUAAAUCAUGUCAUAUACAUUAUUUAACUUAAAUCUAGUUAAUAUAUGACAAAUUCAAUAUAAAUAAUGUCACAAGAAUGAUAAUGAAGAAAAAAAAAAUUCAUUUUUUUGAUGGAAUGAUCAUUAAGUGUACAGUAAACAUUGAAAUAUAGUUAUUUUAAUAUUAUUAGUGCAGGGGGACUAGAAUGUACCGGCAGUUUGGACAUGACAUUCCAAAUUUCUCAUCACAUCAUCUUUUCCGUUAUUUACGUUCAUAAUGUAUUGCAGUAACAUAUUUCUGGAACUCUAGAAGUUCAUACUUUUGUUCGUUCAAUCAAUCAAUCAACAGCUGUUAACCGAAUAAAUUCUGGCUGAACAAA